AAUUCAACUCUUCUCUUUCUCUCCAACCCCUGUAGCAGUCUCUCCGAACUCACCACCCAGUCGCCCUUAUCGUCGUUCUUGAGGUCUCUGUUCGCGCGUUUUCUUUCUCUGGGUCUUUGUUUAUUAUUAUUUUUUUUUAUAGGGUUUGCAAUUAUUUAUUAUUUUAUUUAUUUCAUUGUGCUUUAUUGCAAUUAGGGUUUCGGGUUUGGGAUUUUUCGUUUAGUUCUAGGCUUCAUCGUGGAGUAAUUGAAUCCAUUAUCAAAAUUUGUCUUUUUUCGGAUGAUUUAGGGGUUUUUUUAGGUGUUUUGUUCUAUUUGGGUGCCGAGAUGUUGAGUUCGGAGGGAUUGUGUUCUUCUCCGCCGCCGAAGCAGUAUGGCGUAACGAAACCGAUAUCGAUGUCGGGGCCAACUGAAGCUGAUAUACAAAGAAGCCGUGAAUUGGAGAAGUUCUUGAGUGAUGCUGGCCUUUAUGAGAGCAAAGAGGAAGCCGCAAAGAGGGAGAGGGUUCUGGAUCGGAUUGGGCAGAUUGUAAAAGAUUGGGUGAAGCAGCUUACUCGCUUGAGGGGGUACACAGAUCAAAUGGUGGAGGAGGCCAAUGCUGUCAUUUUCACAUUUGGCUCUUAUCGGCUUGGGGUACAUGGUCCUGGGGCUGACAUUGACACAUUAUGUGUUGGGCCAUCUUAUGUCAAUAGGGAGGAGGACUUCUUCUUUGUAUUGCACAACAUUUUGUCAGAAAUGGAAGAAGUUUCAGAGCUGCAACCGGUUCCUGAUGCUCAUGUCCCUGUGAUGAAAUUCAAGUUUGAUGGAAUAUCAAUCGAUCUUCUUUAUGCAAGUAUUUCUCUGUUGGUAGUACCAGAUGACUUAGACAUCUCGAACGUUUCUGUUCUAUAUGAUGUUGACGAGCCUACUGUUCGAAGUCUCAAUGGCUGCAGGGUUGCUGAUCAAAUUCUUAAGCUUGUUCCCAAUGUUGAGCAUUUUUGCACAACACUCCGGUGUUUGAAGUUUUGGGCUAAAAGACGUGGUGUUUAUUCCAACGUGACCGGGUUUCUUGGUGGCGUAAACUGGGCUCUCCUUGUUGCUCGAGUGUGCCAACUUUACCCUAAUGCAAUUCCCAGUAUGCUUGUGUCUAGAUUUUUUAGGGUAUAUACACAGUGGCGGUGGCCAAACCCUGUCAUGCUUUGCCCAAUUGAAGAGGAUGAACUUGGAUUUUCUGUUUGGGAUCCCCGUAAGAAUCCACGUGACCGAACUCAUCAUAUGCCAAUAAUAACACCUGCCUAUCCAUGCAUGAAUUCUAGCUACAAUGUAUCAACGAGUACACUACGGGUCAUGAUGGAGCAGUUCCAGUAUGGUAACAAGAUCUGUGAGGAUAUAGAGCUGAAUAAAGCCCAAUGGAGUACUCUGUUUGAGCCACACUUGUUCUUUGAAAGCUACAAAAACUACCUGCAGGUUGACAUAGUCGCGGCAGAUGUUGAUGACUUGCGAUCUUGGAAAGGCUGGGUGGAAUCCCGGUUAAGGCAGUUGACUCUUAUGAUUGAGCGAGACACUUACGGGAAGUUGCAGUGUCAUCCAUACCCUCAUGAGUACGUGGAUGCCUCCAAACCAUGUGCCCAUUGUGCUUUUUUUUUGGGCCUGCAGAGGAAACAGGGGGAGAUAAUUCAGGAAGGGCAGCAGUUUGAUAUCCGAGGGACAGUAGAUGAAUUUAGGCAUUCCAUAAACAUGUAUGUGUUUUGGAAACCAGGAAUGGAAAUUUAUGUCUCUCAUGUGCGUAGGAAGCAGAUCCCUUCAUAUGUUUUUCCAGAUGGUUAUAGACGUCCUCGACAUCCUAGGGUUACAGCACAGCAACAGUCUGAUAAAUUAUGCUAUGAAGAUGGUGGUGCUUGUCGCACUGGCUCUGGAGAGAGAGGCGUUAAGAGGAAAAAGGAUCCUGAUGAAGUGGAUGUGAAAAAUGAUAUGCUAGAGAAACGAUGUUCAAUUAGUCCUCUGAGGCGGGAUUCUUUUUCUCCUGAUAUUAUCAGUCACAAGUUUGGUGGCACAUCUCCUACAUGCUUGGCAUUUGCUGAAGGGAAUGAAAUGUGUCAAAUUGAUGAAAAGAGAUUUUGCUCUGAUGAUGUUGAGGGGGGGUUUACAUCAAAUUCCAGUGUAAUCACCUCCCUUUCAAGCGAGGUUGGCUCAAGUGAGGAUAAUGGAAAUGAAUCAAUAGCAGGCAGCAAUGAGGGGAACAAUGGAAGCGCUGAUGGGAGUGUUGAAGGAAGUAAUAACCUGGGAUACUCUCGAAGUGAUUCUGGUGACGCAGAUUCAAUGUGUCAUUUGGAAAAUGUGUGUGCAGAUGGCAGUGGAGUUUUUCAAGAUGGAUUGCGGGAAGAGUUAGAGCCGAAUGCUGCUGUUGGGAUGUUGCUAAAAACUGUGGGUGGAGUUGAGGAGGAAGCUGUGCAGAAACCAGUUCUAAGUAGCAGGUUAAGCUUAACAUCAAUAGCGUGAGAUAGCAGAAAUCAGAUGAAUUGGAAGCUUUUUCUGUCCACAUAGCUGCCAAUAAGAGAGAAAGCCAGCAGUUUGGGUAAGUGUUAUAUUAUUUGCUGGCUUUCAUUUCUUGCUUUUUUCAGGCAUGCUUGUUAUUGUAUUGCGGAACAGAAUCAACUUGAGGCAAGAUCAGAAGAGCUCUGCUAGGUGUAGCUUUGUCAUUUUUAAUGCACAAUGUUGCAUCUGCAAAGCAUUCUGUUCUCUGCAUGAGCAGUGACUGUGGGGAGCGCCUCAAAAUAUUUUGUACAUUGUCAUUUUUAAUGCACAAUGUUGCACCUGCAAAGUACUGUGCCUGCAUGAGCAGCGAGUUUAGCAAGCUCAUCAAAUUGUUUAGUUUGGAUGAUGAUAGGGGAAGUGGUGUGUACUUUCCUUUUCUUUUUCCCUUUUUGUUCCCUUUUCCCUUGCUUGUGAAGAUUUUAAGCAGGGGUUGUGUACAAGUGGCUUAGUGUUCUUUUAGUAAGAGGUGGUUUAGCUUUAUCUCUAUGCUACCUUUUGUACUUCUGCCAACUAUGUAAUAUAUGAAAUUGUUAAAUCC